CAUAACAAUGCUGAUAUUGACUUUUGAUUCCAAGAAUACACUCAUUUCCCUCCAAGCAAGGAUAGCCCAGGUGCCACAGAGACGUUCGUGUAUUGGAGCCAAGUCUGCAGUGCAUAUCCAGUACGAUCCUCAAGCCUCUCAACUGUGAGAUAUCAGAAUCGAAACCGUGUUUCUCCACCAUGAUCUAUUUGCUUCAUGCAGCCAGCCGACUCUGUGUUGAACGGACCACUGAUGGUUUGCGGGAUAAAAGGCAUCUUGUCAUACCAGAACCAGAUGCAGGCUGAUGACGAACACGAGGUUGAAGUCGAUACGCUAGUCUUGUAUGUAGCAUUUCCUCCGAAUAUCGUUGUUUCUUUGUUAAGCAACUGAUAACAUUUGAACGAGGACCUACCUAUACUUAGGCAGGUACGCAAAUAUCUGCGUAGAGAUAUAGCUAAGGUAAAUUCUCUUUUAGUUCUAUCUUUUCAUACUCUCUCUUUCUUCGCUUACAGCGGGAAUCACUCCCAAGACGGGGCCCCACAUACCCAUAUUCCGAAGGCGGGACGGGGAGUAGAGGACUGCAUGAUGCACUGCACAGUUAGGAGGUACGUACCUAGCUUCCAUUGGAGCACCCACCUCAUGACACAACCCACUUCACUUUGACUUCACCUUACGAUAACGACUUAUCAAUCACAAUCAUCGGAGCUUAAUAAGCCUUCCGCCUUCUACGGGCGCUACAUGCGAUUGUUUACUAUCUGAGUAAUCGAUCUAUCCCUUCCACAAGCAAACAUUCAUAAUGGGCGAUCACGAAAGUUCCCAGAUCAGACAUAACGAGCAUCUGCUGCUUGACCAACCUUUGCUUCGCCUCCCCUCCGAACUCCUUCGAAAGAACUUCCGCACGGCUCAUUUCACAAUCGAGAAAGACACAGCCGCCCUAAAGACAUUACUCAAAGAUUCAGCCACCGCUGCCGUCUCCGGCCGCGCAUCACAGCAAGAUGUCCUUCGUAACAUCGACGCAAUGGUGUCCCGCAUGCGAGGUUUGAAGCGCAAACUCAAUGCGAGCGCCGCUGAGGAGGCUCGUCUGCAUACACAGACAGCUGCCCGCAUCUCACAUCUCGACGAACUAUACAAGAUGGAUACAGUGGAGGACGUUAAGUACGAAACAUGGAGUAGGAAGAGGCUCGAUCGCCUUUUGGCAGACUACCUGCUUCGCCAUGGAUACAAUGACACUGCAAAGGAGCUGGCCGAGCAGCGUGGUAUUACCGAUCUCGUUGAUAUCGACACCUUUGUUGCUGCAAGUCGUGUCAGAGAUUCUCUUCUGAAGCAGAGCGUGGUUGAAGCUCUGGCGUGGUGCACCGAUAAUAAGAAGGAGUUAAGGAAGAUGGAGAGUAAGCUCGAGUUCAUGCUUCGCUUUCAACAAUAUAUCGAGCUGGUCCGCUCGCAAUCCUCGGCCAAACUCACUGAAGCCAUUGCUCACGCAAAGAAACAUCUCAUUCCUUACCGGGCCACAUUCCCCCGAGAAGUUCAGCAGGUCUGUGGUUUGCUUGCCUUUCCCCCUGGUGGUGCAUCUGCCGCCGCUCCCUAUGGAGAUCUGUAUAAACCUUCCCGCUGGGCUGACCUUGCCAACCUCUUCACAACAACCCACAAUCAACUCCUUGCCCUCCCUGCAGUCCCACUCCUUCACGUUGCACUCUCUUCUGGUCUAUCAGCCCUCAAAACACCUGCAUGCCACACGGACCCAAUGCACUCAUCAGAUAGUCCAUCUGCCCAAAGCACAUCCGAUAUCGCAGCAGCAGCUUCGACUCUCGGCCACGGCGUUUGUCCCAUCUGUUCCACUGAACUCAAUGAGCUUGCCCGGAAUGUGCCGUACGCUCACCAUACUCAGAGUCAUGUAGAGCACGAUCUCAGGCUACUGCCUAAUGGUAGCGUCUAUGGAAGGGACCGCCUUGAAAUACAGGCGAGGAAGAAUAAUUUGCCUUCUGAUCAGGUUAAGGACCUCCGGACAGGCGAUAUCUUCCCAGUUGAGUCACUGAAGAAGGUUUAUAUCACGUAAAGAGUUCAUCGCUGGGGACUGAUGAUGCGUAAAAGAAAUUUCUGGUUAGAUAUUGGCGUUUACUACAUGGAUAGGUGUUCCGGUUUUCAUCACAUUGUACAAUACAAAGUCACUGCGAGCCAGCGGCUUAGACAUAGCGCUGCCAUCCAUCUUUGACGGGCAUCAUGUCAUAGCACAACUUAAAAUUGGACAAAAUAAACAACUUUGCGAAGCUCAAAUUCAAAGGUGCCAACUCCUAGUUAACCAUACAAUACAGUAUACAACAGCGGCGCCGACACCAACUGACACGUAUGAUCCCCUCCCAACCGUCCUUACCGGUCCCUUUUUUUCCCCAUUGGAUUCCUGAAACUUCCGAAAGUCAUUAUAUCAAAAUCGUAAACCUAGGCAGAAUGUAUUGGAGCGGGAAGCGAAGAGCAUGGUAGCAUAGAGGUAUGAUAUCUCACUGUACAGACCCACUUCAUGUAGAGAAGCCAAUAACUAUGCUUUUGGCAUAAUGAACGGUCAUAACGAAAGAGGAAUAGGUUGAUGGUAAAGAGCAAAAUGCAAGGCAUAGAAAACAUUAAUACUAUCGGCAUAGUCCAUAGCCCGCCCAGUGGGGUAACAGCCCUUGGGGAUGAGCCUCUCAUCGGUUUCCGCCGAAUGCGAAGUUGCCAAAUACACCACCGCCUCCACCAGGAGUCAUAGGCCCAGUGUUGAUGGUGCCGUUAUGCCCUUGUGGUCCUGGGGUGGUGGCUAACGCAGCAUUUGUCGUGUUAGGGGUGCUAGGUCCGUUGCCAUUUGUUUGCCCAUCAUUGCCGCUUUGCUGGUUCAUCAUUGACAUGACAAGGCUGGAAUUUGAGUCAGGGAAGCCCAAGCCCCAGACCUUGCCAACAUGCUCAUCAGGAAUAUCACCGGCAAAUAUCUUAUCGCGCAUAGAGAAGAAGACCUUUCCGGUGAGUAACGAAUCAGAGCCUGCUUGGUGGGCAGAGCCAACACGUUUAAUCUUGAGGGUUUCGGCAAUGUUCUCAAGUCCAGAUUUAUGCUCAAACUUUUGCAGGAUCUCAGUGCUACUGGGAUCGCUGGGUGUAAGAAGGCCGGAGUUGUGUAACCUGAUGGCGUGCUUCAUGAGGUGCUUCACGUCGUACGUCGUGGGGAAGUAGAGCUUCAUCUUGUGGUCAAAAUCGACUUCGUCGUUGGGCAAUGGUAAGCAGAUCAGCAGCUUGGUCAGGUAGCCGAAAUCGUAACCGCCAUGGAACGAUAUCCACUUGACGUUAUCGAAGCAGACAAGACCAGAAGGAAUCAGAAGGGAGGCGAACUCGUGAGGAUCAAUGCCAUCACGUUCGAGAGCAUUAAAGUCGAUCCCGGCUUGCUGAAGUGACUCGAUCGAUUUCUCGUUAUACAUGUCGUCCUUCAAUGAGAACUUAAAGUUGAACUGCCACGAACAAGGGAAAGGAGCAUUAGUCGCUGCCCUUUGAGCGGCUGUGCCAAGCUUCAGAUCGUUUGUGGGCCGUGGAGGGGGGGUCUCGCCGUCUUCGUUAAAGAAGGUGAGCCCUAUUUGGAUGACCCUCAGCAUAUCGACGUUGGUUCGUAGGCAUUGGUAGUGAUAAUCACUCUUCCCUCUGAAUCCUCCCAUGGGCCUUGAAACGACACCUGGAAAUUCGGUAUCCUUUUCACACCCAUUGAUUAGCACAUCUUCAAAAAUGAUGCUCAUUCCUCAAGCCUUACCAUCGCAAUGUAAGGAUACUUGUCCACCAAGUCUCGCAAUACGGCCAUUUCUUCGUGCAAGUUGUGCUUCCAUACUUCCCGUAUCCUACCCUUGUUAGGAUGUGUCCUGAUUCCUGGGUGUUCCAUCAACAUGUUCUGGUGAACCUGCCCGUGUUGUGGUUGUUGUAGGGCGGCUGCAGGGCCAUGGAAACCCAUUCUUGCACUUUGACUACCAAAUCCUGUAUCGGCGAACCCCUGGCCAUUGAGGCCGGCUGUCGUAAAAGCAUUGCUGUUGGCAGCAGAGAAGGGUCCCAGCUGUGUGUUGGCGUUCAGGUACUGGUUCCCGCCUAAAUGGCCACCCUGUUGUUGGGCAUGGGAGGGGAAGCCACCCUGGUGGUAUGGCGCUGCCACAGCAGGCCCCCCGCCAAAACCCCUAAGUUGCGGCGGCGGCAUGUGGUUCUGUCCAGGGAAGUGUUUGUUUCUGUUGGAGGGCUGUCUGGUACGAGUGCCUCGGGAGCGUUGGAGGGGUUGCCAAUGUCUGGCUCCUGAACGCAAAUGCGAUGAGCGCGGGUGGUGAUUGGCGGUAGUCCUUUGUGCUUGGUUUGAUUGUGUGCCAGAACCUGGAGGUUCUGAAUUCGAAAUAGAGCUCUCAGUCGCUGGAUUGACCAAGGAUGGCUUCUAACGCCCGAAUGGUUUCUAACGCGACGAUUUGAAGUGAUACGUGUUACCUCGACUACCGCGACCGUUGUUCAUUGAGACAACGUGGGAGUAUUGCCAAGAUUACAAAGUAUUUCUCUGAUCUUCUCGAGUGGCUGCGAUAGCGAUAGAUGUCGUCGAAUGCUGUCGGUGGUAUAUGUGAUUUCGUUUCGAAUGGUGGAGAGGAGUGACGAUAGAGAUAAAGAUAUGCGCCGACUGGAUUCCUCGUCGAAGAUGGUAAAAAGCUUCGCUAGUUACUCGGGGCCGGUCUCUUCCUUGCUGAGAUUCUAUAAAAAGCGUCGAAUGUCCCUUGGAAGGUUUAAAGUCUGAAUAAGUCAAUUGAUGGCAUAGACUACGUCCUCUAGACU